CAGCACGCACUUUGCCCGCCCGGGUGUGUGGGGGAAUGUGGCGGCGAUCGCCAAGAGGAGCGCUGGACUCCUCUGCGCUUUGAGGGGCGCACAUGCUCCGCGCCGCCCACUCCGUCCUCUUCUCCCGCCUCACUCCGGGGUCUGCAAAGAGACCACCGCGGCAUGAAGAAGGAAGCGGCGGCGGCGGCGGCGGCGGCGGCAGCACCAGGACGCCGCGGGGCCAGCUAGCUCUCCCUGAAGAAGGCAGAAGGGACACUUGUUGAUACUGGGCCUCCAGAUCCAUUUAUAUGACUGUGUUGGAGAAACCAUGACUGAAGUUGACCUCCUGACCGCCGUUCUGAACAUGACAGAAAACCACUCGCUGGCUAGCAGCGGAUGGACAUCAAGCAAUGACACCAGUAAGUGUUCGCUGACCAAAACCGGCUUUCAGUUCUAUUACCUGCCUGCAGUCUACAUCGUAGUCUUCAUCACUGGAUUUCUGGGCAACAGUGUGGCAAUUUGGAUGUUUAUCUUCCACAUGAGGCCUUGGAGUGGCAUUUCUGUUUACAUGUUCAACCUGGCCCUAGCUGACUUCUUGUAUGUCCUGACUCUUCCUGCACUGAUCUUCUAUUACUUCAAUCAAACCGACUGGAUCUUCGGAGACUUCAUGUGCAAGCUCCAGAGGUUCAUCUUCCACGUCAAUCUGUAUGGAAGCAUCUUGUUCCUCACUUGCAUCAGCGUGCACAGGUACACGGGUGUCGUUUAUCCCUUAAAAUCACUGGGGCGGCUGAAAAAAAAGAAUGCGGUUUACAUCAGCACCCUGGUCUGGGUGGUUGUGGUUGCUGGGAUUUCUCCCAUCUUCUUCUACUCCGGGACUGAGGAAAGGAAAGUCAAAACCAUGGCUUGCUAUGACACAACGGUAGAUAAUUAUCUGCGAAGCUACUUCAUUUACAGCAUGUGCACCACUGUCUUCUUGUUUUGCAUCCCAUUCAUACUGAUCCUGGGUUGCUAUGGAUUAAUAGUGAAAGCACUGAUUUACAAAGAUUUAGACAAUUCCCCGCUCAGGAGGAAAUCGAUUUACCUGGUUAUUAUAGUGUUGGCAGUGUUUGCUGUGUCUUACCUCCCUUUUCAUGUGAUGAAAAACUUGAAUCUACGAGCCAGGCUGGAUUUUCAGACUCCAGAGAUGUGUGCCUUUAACAACAGGGUUUAUGCCACUUACCAAGUCACUCGGGGGCUAGCGAGCCUCAACAGCUGUGUGGAUCCUAUUCUGUAUUUUUUGGCUGGAGACACGUUUCGAAGACGGCUCUCAAGAGCAACCAGGAAAGCCUCGAGACGAAGUGAGCUGAACGUGCAAUCCAAAAGUGAGGAUAUGACUCUCAGUAUUUUAGCUGAGUGUAAACAGAAUGGAGACACAAGCUUGUGAAUAAUUUUUGUUUUUGCAAGCAAACACUCUUUUCCCAUCCCCUUAUCCAUGACCUUCAUUUUUAACCCCUAUAAGACUCUAAUUUUGUGCAUUUUCAAGAAAAUGUAACAAGUGGACAACUUAUGCUUUUUGUUUUUGCUUUUUUAAAAAACAUGCUCUAUGAGCCUAGGAAGAACUUAAGGAAAGUAAGUGUCAAUUUUUUUAAAAAAAUUAAAUGGAAAACAAUAUGGGAAGUUUCCGUUUUUGCCCUUACCUGUCUAAAAGAUUAAUUUAUCUGAUAGUCUGGUACAUAUGGUACAUACAAUGCAAGAGCCUCAGAGAAAACAUCUCCUUGACUUAAUAGUAUGAGGAAGGUAAAUCUUUUUGUAAGGCCCUCUUCUUUCACUAUUUCUCUCCUGUUUCUGCAUUGCUGGGGCUCUGGGAAGGACAAAGUAUAUAGGGAACCAGCCCCAGUCAGGGAUAUUGCAAACCCCCUCCCUGAAUGUUGAGAUUUUACUGAAAACAUAAUCAACAACAAAAUAUCCAUCCAUUUGAUUUACAGAGAUACCAAGAAUCCAACAGCAUUCUAUGCAGCUGAUCAAUAAGAAGUGAGCCUGCUCUAAGCUUGGUGCUUUAUUUUAUUAAAGUUGAAAUUUGCUUCAUAAUUAAAUAAGGUUGAAGCAUAUUAGAUGACUUGAAUUUGUUUGGUAUUGGCUUCAGGUACCCCUCCUCCUUUCCUGAAUAUCCUGAUAAGCUCCCUCACUGCAGGAUUUCUGGAUAUAUACAUAUGUUCCUGGUGUCCCUCUCAAACACUGUUGAAAGCACAUUGAAACAAAGGCCACAAGUUACUAAUAGUCUGUUGACAAUUAUUUUGUGAUCCUAGCAAAUUGGCCUAUUGAAGCUAAUAAUAUUUUCUCUCUUAAAUCUGGGUUCAUGUAGAGAGCCAUCUGGCCAUGUAGUAUUCAUGGGAAACUGCUGGGCAGAGUGGCUCCCAGCCUGUGACAAUCUGCUAGUGUUCACCCAUCACCACAUGCAGGAUUCAGUUUUCAGCACGUGUUGGGAAACAAAGAAAAACCGCCCAAUAUGAACUGAAACUGAAAUCCUAUCUGUGCUGAUGGAUGCAACAGCCAGCUUGGCACAGGCUGGGGCUACCUUAUGCGGGCUUUUGAUGUGGUUUGACCAUGGCCACCACAUGCCUGAAUGUUCUUUGAAUAGCCCAUCAGUGAUAUCAUAUAUAGAUAGUAUACAGUAAGGGAGGCCAUUACUGAAAAUGUGAAGCCCCACUCCCCUUAAUAAUAAUCAUAAGGCUGAUGUUAUAGAGAGAGAUAUUAAAUAUAUAGAAAUAACACUGUGUUAUUUUCAUGGCAUGGUCCUUGAAGUGUUUAAAAACCUAUAACUACAGUAAAUGUAGCCAAAAGCUCCAUAUUUAUGUAGAAGUUGCAGCUUCUUCUUAACAGUUAACCCCCUUGGAUCAUUGUCUAGUUUAGGAAUUGGUGUAAAUUCUCCAAUAGGCAAAAUAAAUUAACGUAUCUAAUUGGCAACACCUGUAUUUUUGUAAACAUGAAGUGCAUUUAUUUUUUAGCCUUAAUUUUUUUUAACAUGCAGCACUUUGUGUGACAAUAGCAGUUUCUCAGGCAUGUGUUACUUCUGUAGUGUUUCUUCUUCCUAAGAAACUGUCAUUAAUUUUCACUGUGGGGAAAAAGUGCCUCAUCUAAAUGUAUAAAAAAAAUUGCACCAGAUUAAAAAAAGACUUGGCUGGAUUAUACCCUGCCCUACCUUCUCCCUGUGUCUGGUUGGGAAGUGAGAUUGAUUCAUCAUCCCACAGAUUUCCUCAUGUGGAGAUGAUGAUUGAAUUAAGACAAUAGGAAGCAGUCACCAAGGCUGUCCACAAGUUGAGGUUACAUCUACCGCGGAGCUCCCUGACGGACUUGUGUAGGCUGAGUCUGUGAGCAUGUACCCAGGGUUCCAGCUCACAAGAUAGCCUGCUCAUUGAGGAAGGGCCAUAGCUCAGUGGCAGAGAAUCUGUUUUGCAUGCAGAAGAUCCCAGGUUCAAUCCCCAGCACCUCCAGGUAGGGAUGGGACACCCGUCUGAAACUCAGGAUACUGCCCAUCAAUGUAGGCAAUACUAAGCUAGAUGGACCAAUGGUCUGACUCAGUAUAAAGCAGCUUUCAAUGUUCACCAGGUCUCCCCAUGUGGACAGACCUUCAGCCUGUGGACAGUAUUGGAGACAGGUCAGGGCAGAAUAGCAGUAGCAAAGGGAGCAGCUCUGCUCUUCUCCCUUACGUAAUUAUCAUCACAUGUCUUUGAACACUCAACACGGGCUUAUGUUCUGCCCACAUCUGGGGUGCAUUUGGUGAAGAUCUGAGAAAAGGCCCUCUCAGUAGGGAUGUUCACAUGUUGUAUUCAAUGAGUGUACCAUCUGGGUAUGCACAAAAAGUUGAGCUGUACACUUGUGCAGGGAUUCACAUGUAACAUUCAAUGGGGGUACAGUUGGUGUCCUCAAUAGCUGAGCUGUACAAAUCAACAAGUGGACAUUCUUUCACACAAGCACUUGUAGAGAGUGCUUAUAUCUGCAUUCAGUGUGACAUGUGAAGGAGCCUAGUGUGUGUCUCUAUGUUUUGGAACUCCCUCCCUUCUGUCUUAGCCUCCUCUCAAUUAUUAGCCUUCCAGUGAGAGGUAAAGACGGGCUUCUAUUAAGACAGGCUUUUAACUGUUUGAGGUGCUCUAUCUCUGCUGCUGAUCGUUUGUCUUUAAGUUGGCUGCUCUUGCUUUUAACUUGCUCGUGUUGUUUUUCUCUGCUGUCAUUUGUUUUUAAUUUGUUGGUGUUUUACUUGUGGUUUUUAUUUUGUGUGGCUUUUACUGUGUAAUUGCAUCUUAUUUCUGUUAGACACCUUGGGUGCUUGAUGCAGAAAAAUGAGGCACACAUUCAAAGAAUAAGUGCAGAAUAACCAGAACUUGGAAAAGUUACUUUUUUGAACUACGACUCCCAUCAGCCCCAGCCAGCAUGGCCACUGGAUUGGGCUGGUGGGAGUUGUAGUUCAAAAAAGUAACUUUUCCAAGCUCUGAGAAUAACUAAGGUGGCUGUGUGUCAAAUCCAGGCUCAACUUGCAUAGUUGAGCUCCGGAUUUUGUGUGUGGACAUGUGAGGAGGAAUCAGCCAUGCAAUUUGGACUUGUGCACACUGGGUUUUAUACACGUAUAUCCUAUUCAAACAUUCAUACAUGCAUGUUGGGACCUGUCAAGGUGGGACACAGGUGUGACUGAUGGGACAGAAAGGAACAUUGUGGAUAAGAAAAAGACAAUGGAUGGGAUCUUUUGAAGUCGGCCAAAAACAGGAGAUCACGUAAGCUCCCUGUUGAUGAAUGAGCCAGUCUACACUUGUAGGAUUCCAAAUACAAAACGGUUUGUUCUGAAAAUAAAGCCUUAUUUACUUCCAUUUAAUUUACCACAAUGUAUCUGAAAAUUGAAGAUACGUAAUCCCAUCAGUAGCUUUAGCAAAUCCUAACAGAAGCCCAUGCUUUACAGGAGAGGUAACAAUAAUCUAUGUAUAUCUUGCUUAUUAAUUUCCAAAGGCUAUGAACAGAAAGAGGAUUGCUCUAAAUAAUGGCAGAAUUACAAAUCAGCUUAAACGCAUAAAUGAAAACUCUACUGAACCUGCAAAACCUAUUUAUUUAACUUAUUUAAAGGAGAAAGCAGUGGCAAACCAACAGUACUGUCUUGCAUAUUCAGAAUGCUUCUUCCUUCUACACUAAAUUCUGUAUUGGGCAUUAUUAAGCUAAGGGGCAAUGACAUGCAUCAUUAAGGUUGCAAUGGAGUAAGCCCUAUUGGACCCAACGAGACUUAACUGCAGUGCUAAGUAAACAUGCAUAGGAUUGCAAUAUAAAAUCUCUUGUUUUAUUUUAUAAGAAAUGAUAAAUUAAAGUUGUAUAAGGCUUCUGCUCAAAUGUUGAUAUGUAUGCAGAUCAAGCUAAUGCUUAACAAGCAUUUGGGGGGGGGAAGUAAAAAGCCAAGAAUAUUUGGAACGGUAAAUAAAUGACAGUUCUCUUUUAAAUUAAUUAUCCUCUUGUGAUUAGCUGGGUAGAUUAAAGCUCUGUGAGAGUAUCGGGGAAUACAAAGAACCUUUCCCUGUGUCAGUGAGAACCUUGUACCAUUAGCUAUUUCUCUUAAAGCAAAUUUAACUGAGGCAUGCCUUGCUGGGGAAGGCAAUUGAAUUAAGAGCAGAAUGAUGGGAUGGAUUUUUUACCCAUUGACAUGACUUUCUUUUGCUACAUUUUUACAUUCAGCUAACUUUCAUGUAAUUCUGUAUCCUGUUCAUUUUUCUUGCUCCAUGCAAUUAAAUUAAUGGAUGCUGCAUGUAAAAUUUUCAUAAUCUGUUAAUUCUCCCCACAUACAAAUCCAGCAAAAUAUAUUGGUUUUGUCCUGUUCUAAAUCACACUUGUUCAUUAUUUGUACAUUAGAGUCCCAAUCCAGCACAUGUGCUUCUCAUGUGGAGGCAGGUUUUAAUUUAUGGAGCCUCUUUUGGACCAGGCCCUUCAUGAGUCAUGGGGGUUGUAUGGAUGCUUGCAGGAUCCUUGAAUCCAGUACCAAGUGCUCCAUCCGUUAAAAGCACCAAUCACCUAUUUGGGGUUACAGGACUGAAUCUGGUUCCCCUCUACCAAAUGUAAGCCAUCAAAACUGACACCCCAAUCUGUGCAGAUACAUACUGGGAAAUCCUCUGAUCCAGUAGCCUAAUGUUGAACGUGAUGGUCUCCCAAUUGGGGCCUCUGUCCUUAAAAUCUACAACUGUAUAUUGAUGGCAUAGAUCAUUUUGAAGACCUUUUAACAUAUGGAAGUUACAUAGAAACAAAAAGUUAUCUUUUUAUAGGACAGGAUACAGACUUCUCCAGAAAUAUGAUAUGUUUCACCUGUCUAGAAAUAUCUGUAUAUAUAGGAGCACUUUUUGCUUUCUUAUUAAAAGUCAUUUCUCACCUUUGCCAUAUUAGAAUUUCAUUUCCGGUAUCCCAUUGAGUUUCAGAAAGAACUUCUGAUACAAUGCAGGUCAAUUAAAAGAAAUCAAAAUCUCUUCUGUGCACCAGUAUGUAGAGUUUGGCAGAUCCUAAGGUCCUCCCUGGAGAUGCCACAAAGAGGGUUACUACUGAGACUUAAUAUUCUUCUACUUCACAUUAUCACCAGAGCAAAACUAUUUCAGAAUCCAGGGUGCCAAUAAUAAUUUUUUAGAUGCCCAUGAAAUCAGGUGCCCAAUAUUUUCUUUUGACCAUUUAUUAUUACUUAGUCCUGCAGUUCUUUCUGACAUCAGGAAGUGCUUUAUAAUUCUUACCUCGCUUCUCUUUACAACUAUCUUUUGAAUUAGCUUUGGUUGAGGCCAGGGACAGUGAUUUCCUCCGGGCCACAAAAUAAAAUGUAAUGCAGAGGCAAAAUGCGCCUUCUUCUGGGGUACUAAGUGAUGGGAGAAGUCCCACUAUUUUGCAAGGUGUCCUAUUGCCCAUCUCCCAUGUCACCUAUUUAUCCUUCCUAUUAUUAUCAGUUUUAAAGCCUGUGCCUAAUGUACUGUCACUGUUAGGUGUGGUCACCCAGUAUUUCCUUGUCUUCUCCCUCUAAGCCCAAUGCACUGUGCUGACCAGUGGGAGGGAUAAGCACUAGCAGCUGCUCUGUUUUCCUCACGUGCUGUCACUGCUCAUUCACUCAGAAGCAAUGGGGGCUGCUGCCCGUUGGGACUGGUAGGGCAAAAUGCAGGGAGGCCGCCAGUAGGUGGAGCCAAAGCAAAUGACAGGGUCAUAACCAACGAGAGGCAGAGCUAACUAAUUCUGGGUUUGGGGCUCAUUCUCCUUCCUGCUGAAUUUUAAAAUACAGCAAGACUGAGGAGGAGACUGACAGGCAGUGCUACCCAUAGACUGAUCAUAAGUAAGGAGGUAGGCAAAUGGGUGCUGAUUGAAUAGACUGAUCUUGGUGCACACAGCCUAAUGGACCAUCCUCCACUGCUCAGAGCAGGUGAACUGGAAACAACUGCAGCGAGGAGAAGCAGCGACAUCAGGAGGCUCCCAGGGGUGGUGGUGGGGUGUGAGCCAUUGUAGAUGCCCAAAGAUGCCAAAGCUUAACACCAGUCUUGCUAAAUGUUUCUUUUUAAAGAAAUAAUCCAAUCCCCUACCUUCUUUUUCUCACCCACAAAUAUGAAACAGGGUCAUGAGACCUCCUCUUUCUAUACAGCACCCCCAAAACAUCCUUUAGAGUAGGGGUGGGGAUGGCCUGUGCCCCUCCAGAUGUUGCUGGGCUACAACUCCCAUCAGUCCUAAACACUGGCCAUGCUGGCUGUGGCUAGUGGGAGAUGGACUCCAACAACAUCUGGAAAGCCACAGGUUCUCUACCCCUGCUCUAAAGACUAGCCACAUGAGGAAGGAAACAUUUUUAUUUUCCUGAUUUUUGAAGACAGAUCUACACCACAGAUUCAUGCGUUCAAAUGAACAUGUGUGGGCAAGCAUCAAGCAUGUAGGAGAGGGCAUGCAUGUGCUUGUCCAUCCCCAAUGUGCCUUCUCUGACCACUUCAUCCUGACCUUCUUGCAUUGAGCAGAAAGGUCCGAAAGAGCAAUUAUGUGCAAUCGGCUGGAUGAACCUUUCUGCACUAUCAGGGUUCCCAGUUGCAAAGACCUUCUAAGCAUAUUCUCCUGAAUACGGUUAGAAACCUCCCUUCAGUCCUUUCUGUUCAAUGCAGGAAAGUUGGGAGUGAAGCAGGUGUGCCCAGUGCAUGAGAGGACAUUUGGGGUAUAACUAGAGCAGGGUUCCCAAACCAUGGUCCGUGGACCACCAAUGUUGUGCGACUUCAUGCAGUUGGCCCAUAGCAUGUCCGUAUUAAAUAUUCAUGUUGAUUUUUAAUUGUAUUUGGAUUGCUUCUUUUACUUCUUCUGAUGUAUUUGAUUGUAUUACAAUUUUAAUUCUUUGAAAUAAAAAGCAAUACAAUUAAAAUUUAAAAUCAUACAGCAUCUACCCUGAACAUUACAAUUACAACAACAGGCAGAAAAAUGGUUUAAGUGGCCUGCCAAGACCCUAGCAAUUUUCAAGUAGUCCAUGAGAAAAAAAGUUUGAGAACUACUUGGUUAGAGCAUGCCUACUCCCCUACACAUUUUAUGCCCACCUACAUUCUUAAAUACAUGAAGAGGGCUUUAUGCUCAUUAAAUGACUGUUGCCUCUCUCCAGGUAACCUUGGGGACUGCAGUUCUGCAAAGAGGAGUUAGGGCUCUCCAACUGAGAAUUCUCAGCUAACCCAUACUAAAGUUCCCAAGAGUCUUUGGGGAUGAAUGUUUGUUGCGUAGAUAUUCCUUUAAUUGAUUUUGUAAGACUCUCUUUCAGAAGCCCUUUUUCUGUCUUAAUAUCCGUGCACAUAAUUUCCAAAAUACAACUUGGAUGCUGAGAUGCAAAUAUUCUUAAAGGAUAAAGUGAACAACACUGACACAUAUAGAGGUGAAUCCCAUAGAGGCAUCUUAAACAUUUGUUAUGCUUUCAUGCUGUUGGGGGAAUAUGCAACACAAAUUUAAACAUUUAUAAGAAAUGUAGCAUGGAUGAACUGGUGAUUAUUUGAGAAAGUUCAAUAGUUUGAAUUCAUGCUUCUUUUUUUGCAUUUGAAAUGUAAUUAAUUGGAAUGCAGAGCCAGAAUGAAAGUACACAGUGAACUUCAAUAUUUGCAAAUAUCCUGGGUGUGCUUGGUUUUUAACUUGUAGAUGAAAUAAGCAUUCAGAUUUGUUCUAUAAAAAUGAAAAGUCUCACUGUUUGCUACCAUCUAGCAUCAUACAUCAAAGGUAGCUAAUUUAACAGAUUGAUCUAUUUAAAUAUAAUCCACAAAGCACAAAAGCAAUUAGAAAAACCACAUAACACUGGAUAUUCCUUGAGUAAUAUCCACUGAAUUUGGGGGAAGACUCUCUUGUGUAUCGGAAUAGUGGUUUAAAAUGUCUGUGUCCUGUGACUCUAUCAGGGAAGAGUCUGCUGAUCUGCGGUAGCUACAAACAUCCUUUCGGCUGAGCGAGGUUUUUACCUGCCCCACACCUGAUGCUAUAUAUAAUAUCAGGUGUGGUGCAGGUGAGUGUGGCUUGGCUAAAAUGGCCUCGUGGGCCAAA